UGCUCCAGCUGCGGUUGGAAGGGUGCUUUCUUCCUUCCAGAUUUCCAUCCUCGGGGCCAUGGCCGGGCUUCCCCGCAGCAAAAGCAGCCGCCCCAGGGCUCCUUGUCCGGCUCCCUGAGAACUUUCUCUUCUUGAUCUGUAGAGAAAUCCGCGUUUUUUGUGGGGCCUUGGCGAGGGGAGGGAGAGGCGAGCAAGGAUGCGCUGAGAACAGCGAGGGCGCACGUCCUGAGCACGGCCGUGGGUCCAGGUUCAGGAGCUGAGCUGCCUCCUGCUGCCUCGACUUCCCUCCUGCGCGCCGGCCGCUGUCCCCCCUGGAUGUGCCGAGAGAAGCUAGACAUCAUGAUCCUAACACAAAUAGAAGCCAAGGAAGCUUGUGAUUGGUUGCGGGCCACGGGUUUUCCCCAAUAUGCACAGCUUUAUGAAGAUCUCCUGUUCCCUAUUGAUAUCACCCUGGUCAAGAGGGAGCAUGACUUUUUGGACAGAGAUGCCAUUGAGGCCUUAUGCAGGCGUCUAAAUACAUUGAACAAAUGUGCAGUGAUGAAGCUAGAAAUCAGUCCUCAUCGGAAAAGAAGUGAGGAUUCAGACGAAGAUGAGCCUUGUGCAAUAAGUGGCAAAUGGACUUUCCAGAGGGACAGUAAGAGGUGGUCCCGGCUUGAAGAAUUUGAUGUCUUUUCUCCAAAGCAGGACCCAAUCCCAGGGUCCCCGGAUGAUUCCCACCUGAAGAAUGCCAUGAGCCAAGAAAGCAUGCUGACCGACCUCAGCGAGCACCAGGAGGUGUCUUCUGUGCGCAGCCUGAGUAGCACUAGCAGUGUCCCCACCCAAGUGCCCCACAGUGGGGAAGCUGCAACACCCCGGACUAAUUCUGUCAUCAGUGUCUGUUCCUCUAGUCACUUUACAGGCAAUGACGACUCUUUCUGCAGCCUGCCCUCUCCCAAAGAACUGUCCGGCUUCAACUUCAGCAUGAAAGGCCAUGAGAAGAUCGCCAAGUCCAAGACCCGGAGCCUGCUGAAACGGAUGGAGAGCCUGAAGCUCAAGGGCUCCCACCACAGCAAGCACAAAGCACCCUCCAAGCUGGGGCUCGUCAUCAGUGGGCCCAUUCUUCAAGAAGGGAUCGAUGAGGAGAAGCUGAAGCAGCUGAACUGCGUGGAGAUCUCAGCCCUUAAUGGCAACCACAUCAACGUCCCCAUGGUCCGGAAGAGAAGCGUCUCCAACUCCACACAGACCAGCAGUAGCAGCAGCCAGUCGGAGACCAGCAGUGCAGUCAGCACGCCCAGCCCUGUCACCAGGACUCGCAGCCUCAGCACAUGCAACAAGCGAGUGGGCAUGUACCUCGAGGGCUUUGAUCCUUUCAGCCAGUCUGCAUUUAGCAGUGUGAUGGAGCACAACUUUAAGAACCGGGAGAGCUACCCGGAGGACAUGGUGUUCUACAUCCCUGAAGAUCACAAGCCUGGCACCUUCCCCAAGGCUCUCUCCAACAGCAGUUUCUGUCCCACGGGGAAUAACAGCUCUGUGAACUGGAGGACUGGAAGCUUCCAUGGCCCAGGCCACAUCAGCCUAAGAAGGGAAAACAGCAGUGACAACCCUAAGGAACUUCAGAGACGCAACUCCUCCAGCUCCAUGAACAGCCGCCUGAGUAUCUAUGACAACGUGCCAGGCUCCAUCCUCUAUUCCAGCUCGGGUGACCUGGCUGACCUGGAGAAUGAAGACAUUUUCCCUGAACUGGAUGACAUCCUCUACCACGUGAAGGGAAUGCAGCGCAUAGUCAACCAGUGGUCUGAGAAGUUUUCAGAUGAGGGAGACUCCGACUCAGCCUUAGAUUCUGUCUCUCCUUGUCCAUCGUCUCCGAAACAGAUACACCUGGACGGAGACCAAGACCGAGUCACCCCCAGUGACCUGGACAGCACAGGCAACUCCCUAAACGAGGCUGAAGAGCCUGCUGACAUUCCAGAGAGAAGGGACUCUGGGGUGGGGGCCUCCCUGACCAGGUGCAACAGACACAGACUGAGAUGGCACAGUUUCCAGAGCUUUCAUCGGCCGAGCCUAAACUCUGUAUCUCUGCAGAUUAACUGCCAGUCUGUGGCCCAGAUGAACCUACUGCAGAAAUACUCACUUCUGAAGCUGACGGCCCUGCUGGAAAAAUACACACCUUCUAACAAGCAUGGUUUUAGCUGGGCUGUGCCCAAGUUCAUGAAAAGGAUCAAGGUUCCAGACUACAAAGACCGGAGUGUGUUCGGGGUCCCUCUGACGGUCAUUGUGCAGCGCACAGGACAGCCCUUGCCUCAGAGCAUCCAGCAGGCCAUGCGCUAUCUCCGCAACCACUGUCUGGACCAGGUCGGGCUCUUCAGAAAAUCGGGCGUCAAAUCCCGGAUCCAGGCUCUGCGCCAGAUGAACGAGAGUGCCAUGGAUUGUGUCAGCUAUGAAGGGCAGUCUGCUUACGACGUGGCAGACAUGCUGAAGCAGUAUUUUCGAGAUCUUCCUGAGCCACUGAUGACAAACAAGCUCUCAGAGACCUUUCUACAGAUCUACCAGUAUGUUCCCAAGGACCAGCGCCUCCAGGCUAUCAAGGCCGCCAUUAUGCUCCUGCCUGAUGAGAAUCGAGAAGUUCUUCAGACGCUCCUGUACUUCCUGAGCGACGUCUCUGCAGCUGUAAAAGAAAACCAGAUGACUCCCACCAACCUGGCCGUGUGCUUGGCACCAUCCCUCUUCCACCUCAACACCCUGAAAAGAGAGAAUUCCUCUCCCAGGGUAAUGCAAAGAAAACAAAGUUUGGGCAAACCAGAUCAGAAAGACUUGAAUGAAAACUUAGCGGCCACUCAAGGGCUGGCUCAUAUGAUUGCAGAGUGCAAGAAGCUUUUCCAGGUGCCUGAGGAAAUGAGCCGAUGUCGCAAUUCCUACACAGAGCAAGAGCUGAAGCCCCUCACACUGGAGGCGUUGGGACACCUGAGCAACAACCAGUCUGCUGACUACAAACACUUCCUCCAGGAUUGUGUGGAUGGCCUGUUUAAGGAGGUGAAAGAGAAGUUUAAAGGCUGGGUCAACCACUCCACUUCUGAGCAGGCCGAGCUGUCCUAUAAGAAAGUGAGUGAAGGGCCCCCUCUAAGGCUCUGGAGAUCAACCAUUGAAGUCCCUGCUACACCUGAAGAAAUCUUAAAGCGCCUACUAAAAGAGCAGCACCUCUGGGAUGUAGACCUAUUGGAUUCAAAAGUGAUUGAAAUCCUGGACAGCCAGACUGAAAUCUACCAGUACGUCCAGAAUAGCAUGGCACCCCACCCUGCUCGGGACUAUGUGGUAUUGAGAACAUGGAGGACUAAUCUACCCAAGGGAGCAUGUGCCCUUUUACUCACCUCUGUGGAUCAUGACCGGGCACCUGUAGUGGGUGUGAGGGUCAAUGUGCUCCUGUCCAGGUAUUUGAUUGAACCCUGCGGGUCAGGAAAAUCCAAACUCACCUACAUGUGCAGAGCUGAUUUAAGGGGCCACAUGCCAGAGUGGUACACAAAAUCUUUUGGACAUCUGUGUGCAGCUGAAGUGGUAAAGAUCCGGGACUCCUUCAGUAAUCAGAACAGUGAAACCAGAGACAGCAAAUCCAGGUGACUACUGAAGCAAAGCAUCUGAAUCUGCCUGGGUGAUGUCCUAGGAUGUUACCAGUCCUUGGAAGAAUUGGUCUUCAUCUGAUCCCGAAAUACAAUUUGGAGUUUAGAAAUGGACUCUAGUCAUUUGAUACAUUUUUAAAGCUGCUUCCUGUUUGUUUUAGGUCUUAAAUUCUAGACCUUGACUGGAAUAUAUGACUGUGCAAAAGAAAAAUGUACUUGUAUUCUUAUUCAGAUUGCUUCUGAGAAGCAAAGUCCUAAAUACAUUAUGGAAGAAAAUGAAGAUACUUCAUUUUGUUGUGAUACUGGUGUAUGUGUACCUGUGUCAUGUAUUGGCAGUGUGUUGUGGGACUGGUGUAUCCACUGGAAUAGUUGGUACUCAGACAUGUUUUCUCACUGAGAUGAACAAAGAAAGGUUUGCACAGAGGAGUGUGAAUGUAUGUUUAUCGCUGGUUGAAUGGCAUGGGUGUGUAAGUUGGAAUGCGGUGUCUGGCACACUGAAAUGCCUCUGGGAAGCAUGUCGAUGCACCAGGCUCAGUUUAACCUGGACUAUCUGACUACCCAUGGAUCCAUUCAGAAAGGGAACUUGACACCCUUGUCCAUUUAUUCUUUUCCAGGUUGUUAAGCAUAUUAUUUCUCCAUCAACCUCAUCUUUCCCUUAAAGGCAAUUGUAGAUCAUUUUGAUACUCAUUUCACAUGCAGUUUGUUUCUAGACUAGAUUGCAAAUAGAGAUAUAGUUUUAGCUGGUAAAGAUUAGCUGAGAGGUGAAUGUCCUCCUCCCCAUCCUACUGGCUCCAAAGCAUAGGUUUUGUUUUUUUUAUUUUUAAAUGAGAAGUAAAAACUGAACACUCAAAAAGAUGUAUUCCUGAAUUAAACAUCAUUUAUCUGUUGAAAUUCUUUGCAUUUUCUGUUUAUAGCAUAAACACUUUUAAGACACUGUGCACAUUGUGCGUGGAAACAUAGGAAACUAUCUCCCCAAGCAAAUCUCUGUAAAUUUAAUCCUGGCACAAAAGGCUUUUGUGUGUGUGUGUGUGUGUGGUAGCUAUCAACAGCAUUCCUGCAAACUGCACAUAUUUAUUAAUUGGGCUCUGUUCUUAUUAGCAAAUGAGUUUUCUAGAUUUUUUUAUUUUGCUUUUUCUACAUUUCUUUCUCUUCUCUCCUUUAUAAUGCCCUUGAAAUAUAUCUUAGUAAUAUGGGAAGUAGUAAUCAUUAAAAAAACCGUUCAAUGUUUCAGAAGGUUGGUCUUUAUACAGGUUUUACUGGAAUGGUAAAGAUUGACUCAAGACAGUAUUAUUAGUAAAUUUAUUUUGUAUGGAUCCAAAGUGAAUAAUGUAUGAAUGAGAGUUGUAAGAAGGAUUUUUAUUUUGUUAUAACGUAUUUUAGUUACCAUUGUCAGUGUUAUUUCAGAGGUUCUUUGAAGAAUUUUGGGGGUCAGAUUAGAGUUUUUAAAUUUGAGUAUUUUGGAUAUGAGUGUUCCUUGUGAAGAUAUAUAUUCAAUUUUGAUGGCUUCCAGAUUUGUAAGAUUGUAUGUUGUAUAUACCAUUCUAUUAAGAAACAUGUACACAUGUCUGUCCACUGUGCUUUCAGACAUAGAUAAAGCAUGAUAAAGAUUAUUAUUUAAAAUAUACUUGUAUUUAUACCUCAGAUAUUCUUUUGGGCUUUGUACCUCAAGGCUUUUUCCCCUUUAUUGUAAAUACACUUUACAUGAAUAUAGUCUAAGUGAAAAAAAAAUAAAAGGAAGAAGUUUAUAAUUGCUCUAUAUCUGUACAGAAUAUAACCAGUAAGUGCACUAUUAAAUGUUUAACAUAAGGGAAAUGUCUGGCCUUCUUUCCUUUGUAUUGCAUCUUAUUUCCAACCCUUAAAAGCACAGAUUACAAAGUGUAGGAACAUAAGCAUCAACUAAAAUCAAAAGAUUUGUUGAAGAAAAUAGUAGACCGCGAAUCAUUCCAAGGCUAAACUGCAACUGAGCCACUCAUCAAAACAGGAAAUCCUGCUGGAGAUUCAGAAAGCACAGAGACUCUCUCCAAACAAAGGUCCCAUUAGGGAAUUGAGCUGAGAAAGUUAUGAGAAUAAGCAACAGCAAAGCAAAGAUGUUCAUAAGCAAAACCAAGGUCUCUGUUUCACUCCACAAAAGGUCUCUUUCCUACUGCUUAUCUCCCCUAUUGUAAGAAUUCCCUCCACCUUUGACAUGAAAAAGAAUCCAAGGGAUAUGAAUGUUUUCAGGAACUUAGCUUGUGUCACCUACUGCGCUAUCAUCACAUCUUAGCCAUGUGACUAACGGCCUAGAUUGUAAGCUCUUCGAGGGCAGGCGGUGCAUCUCCUACACAUCUUUAUAAUCCUCUACAGCAACUGUCAGUGUUUUGUACUUGUA